AUGGGUCUCUUCUUCCACUGUCGCGUUUAUGUUGGCGUACUCGUCGGGACACUCGAGUGCAUCGGUACAGCCACACGAUGCCAGACGAAGAGUGCUCCUCGAUCGUGUUAUGGCGAGUUCGAUGAACGAAUCUCAGCACAACUCACACCAACAAUGCUCUAUGCCGAGAGAGUCGUCGAAAAUCAGCUUCACUUGUUUGCCGGUAAAAUAUGCCAGAAAUGCUACCUCCUUUCUUCGUCACUCGCCGAGCCGCUUUUCGUCCGCUUCACGGGCUCAACUUUAUCUGCGCACACAUUCCGGGCCGGGGCCGCCGGACUCUUGGCGCCAGAGUCCACUUUGCGCCUGCGUUCUUCGGCCGCCGUCGGCCAACUGACGCGAGGAGCCGGCCAUCCUCUCUCGUCAGCUCAAUCUGUCCUCUCUGCCCACUUCACGGCGUGGGCCUGUAUCGUCCGCGCCUGGCCGCCUCUUUGCUUACUCCUUCUUCGUCGAGGCGGCCACAGCCUGGCCAAACAAACGCCCCUGAAUGUGUUUACUUUGCGGUUUCGUGGUUCUAUUUUCGCCCGCUUUUUUCAGGCCUCAAAGAAUCGGCUCUGUUCAUAG